AUGAUUCUCACCACCCAGAGUUGUAAUGAAACUCGACCCAUCUUACUUCAAAGCUUAAAUGCCGCCGCUUCAGCUCCCCCUUCCCCCCCUCUAGAACCUGUGGAUCGUGAACAUGUUCAUGUUGAACUUUCUCGCUUCAGGAGUAUCAAUGUGGUAGAGAAGAAAGAAGCGGUGUCUGGAUUUGCAAAGGCAUUGUUCCCAGAUUCCCCUAUUUCAAAGGAGAUCAAGCAAAGUCUGAAUGUGACUGUGUCAAAAGAAGGCCUUGGUCUGGAGUUUAUAGAGUGUCAAGCCUUUAUUUGGAAUGAUACCAUCUUCAUGCAACCUCCGGCCGCACUUUCGGGGCCCACAACCUGGGCAGAUGGUGAAUUCCAAAGAUGCAUUAUAAGCUUAAUCGAAAUGGCAGAAAACAGGUCGGAUUGUAAUCGCCUAGUUGUGGCGAUUGACCAUCCUGUCAACAAUGGCAAUUUGCUCCGAGCGUUUAUGUACGUUGGAUUUACAUUAGUCCACCCUCAAACCUACCACCAAAAGUCAGAUUUCAUACUAUUCGGAUAUGAGAUCUAA